AUGCCUCCUUCACUCCUGGAAACUAUCCCACUAGAACUUCUGGCUAGGGUUUGCGAAUAUAUCGGACUUUCGCACCGCCCCAGUCUGCUAUCCUUCGCACUGGCCAGCAAGCACUGCCAUUCCGUCGCCAAGAGGCUUUUCUUCCACACCAUCCGAUUCUCGGCCAACAGCGGGCGCCAGUUGGAACUCGAUGUCGGCGAGUGUAUCAGCAUUCUGGAACGCAAUACGUCAUUCUCCGACGUUCGAAUUCUGCUGAUUACGAGCCGCGGCAGGGACAAGAACGACGGUGCUCUUAGCUUGGCCCGCGGCGGCACCCGGUCUUGGUCUCUUGGUCUCCCGCUGAGUUUAUCCGAGAUCGUCGACGGCGACAAAGACAGGCUACAAGGCCUCGAGCGCCGCUCUGCCCUCGUUCCAAACGUGUAUCAUGCCACGUCCCCCCAUAUCGCCAUCCUGACGGACACGGCUUGGCAAUCGUUGGCAAGCCUUGUACAGAGACUUCAGGGUCUGCGUGACGUGUUGUACGCGGUCCCCUCUCAGUUGCCGCCCUGCCUUCUCCACGCGCUCCUCCAAUAUCAGCCGCGCUGCCGACUCCGUGUCUACACUUUUAGACUGCGCAGCCUCCAUCUUUCGGAAACAGAUCCUGAGGAGCUGGCUCUUCUGACAGCACCAUGCCUGUAUGGCAUUUGGGUGUGGUACACUGAUGGCUACGACGACUACGACCAGCCAGAUUACCAUGCCGAGGCCGUAUAUAGCAUGGUGAAAGGCCUGGCACCAAAUCUGAAAGAAGUACAGAUGUUUAAGGGACGGUUUGACUACGAGUCCUACGAGUAUGCCGGAAAUCCGCUCCCGCCCCGCCCUCCGUGGAAGGGCUUCACCAAUGUUGGCGAGGACUUGACC